AUGAACAACCGCAGUGCAAGUGCGGAUGACGGCCGCGGGGCUCGCCCAUCGGACUCCUGGUACGAUGAGUACUACCGCGGCCCCUUUCUCGCUGACGACCUAUACGGGGCAUCGGAUGACCGUACGCCUGAAAUGCGGAUUGCGAGCGCGCCUCGCACCUGCAUGAGGACCGUAUUUGAUGCUCUUGGGCGCCACAAGCUCCUUAUCGCAUGCUUCGUCUACGUGUUGAUGGAUAUUUUUACCACAGUGCAUUACAAGAGGCUGAUGGACCACACGGGGAAUUACGCUAUGGUGACAAUGGAGGUUCUGGUUCUAUUUUUCAUGUUCUUGUUCGGGUUGCUGUACUGGGCGUUUUCCUACCUCUCCCCGGCGUACAUGGCCCAUCCUUUCAACUAUCGCCAGCUUAUCCCGAUGUCGCUGUUCGACAUAGUGGGUACGAUGUUGUCUACGAUCGGAAGUGUGGAAACCAGUGGAAUCGUGCUAGUUAUGCUCUCUCAGAUCAGCAUUCCACUGACCAUCAUCACUUGCAAGAUGCUUCUGGGACGUGCAUACCACUGGUACCAAUAUAUCGGAUCGUUUUUGAUUGUGCUAUUUGUCGUCAUAAAGGAGCUGACAGUUCCUAUGACUGCCGGAGGGAACAAUCUCAUGGCCAACCUGAUAUACAUGGCCUCCUGCCUGCCGGACUCCGUCGCAUCAGCGCUGCGCAGCGGGAUAUACCUGUCAGAGUCAUUUCACCUGUUGAAGUACCAAUUCAGCUCCAUUACUCUGCAGUUCAUCUUAGGAUUCCCAUUAUUCGCAUUCACGCUCGCCAUGCGUAGAACCAGAAUGGACCUUGGAAUACUUGCCGGCUCGUUUCACGACCUGCGCAGCGGAUUGGCAUGCCUGUUCCUUGGUAGUAACACCAUCGUCGACAAUUGCGGAGCUGCUGAUCAGAUAAGCUGUGACAGCUGCGAGGGAUCGUUUAAAGUGCUGAUGAUAUACCUGCUGUGCAACAUAAUCAUACGAGUCGCCUACAUCGUGAUUAUGAUGAACGCCACCGUGACGCUGGUGUUCCUCUUGGGAACGCUGAAGCUGCCGCUGUGCUCCAUUGCGUUUUCAAUGGAAUCGAUAAGUGGCGACAGUGCCACUGCUUUCGAGAUAAUCGACGUGGUUUGCUUCGUGGGCAUAAUGGCCUCGUUGGGUAUCUACGCGAUGGGACGGAAGUUGCUGGCAACGCCUCCUGAGAGCCCACUUGAGGAACCAAUGCUGCCCGACAAGGAAUAA